AUGGAGAGCGGGGCGGCGGGACCUGUGGCGCAGGAGGUGCUUGCUGCGGUCGACAAGAGCGUGUGCAACAUCCCCGACAACGUGCUGGCCAAGGUGGAUGCCAAGCUGCACAACGCAGGCUUCCAUCCGAUUGCGACGAUCAAGGAGCGGAUUGUGGCGGCGCUGCCGGCGGAGACGGUGGUGGUCGAUGCGCUGUCGCCAGUGGUGUCGACGGCGGCCAACUUUGACUCGCUCGGCUUUCCGGCCGAUCAUGUGUCGCGGUCAAAGUCGGACACGUACUACAUCAACAGCGAGACGGUGCUGCGGACACACACGUCUGCCCACCAGGUUGAGCUGAUGCGUGCCGGGCAUCGGCAGUACGCGGUGUUUGGCGAUGUGUACCGGCGCGAUGAGAUCGAUGCCUCGCACUACCCGGUCUUCCAUCAGGCCGAGGGCGUGCAGCUGUUUGAUAAGGAGCAACUGGCAGCGACGCACGAUCUCGGCUCGGAGGCGGCAAUCGGGGCGUGGCUCGAGGCCGAUCUCAAGGGCUCGCUACUCAAGGUUGUCGAGUCGGUCUUCCCGGGCGAGCUCGAGGUGCGGUGGAACGAGGACUACUUCCCGUUCACCCAUCCGUCAUGGGAGCUGGAAGUGCUGUACAAUGACGCGUGGCUGGAGACGCUCGGGUGCGGGAUCAUCCACCCGGACGUGCUCACCCGCGGGCUCGGCGCUGACGCCGCCAAGCGGUCUGUGGGCUGGGCAUACGGCCUCGGCCUCGAUCGGCUGGCCAUGAUCCUGUUCAACAUUCCGGACGUGCGGCUGUUCUGGUCGACCGACGAGCGGUUCCACAACCAGUUCACCUCGCGCGAGCUCGUCCAGUUCAAGCCGUACUCCAAAUACCCGCCCUCGUACCGCGACGUCUCGUUCUGGCUCCCGGCAGGCGACGGUGCGUACCACGUCAACGACUUUUAUGAGCUUGCGCGGACCAUCGGCGGCGACCUCAUCGAGGACGUGGCCCUCAUCGACGAGUUCACCCAUCCCAAGACCGGCCUUGUCUCGCACUGCUUCCGCAUCAACUACCGCUCGCACGACGAGACGCUCACCAACGAGUUUGUCGACUCGCUCCAGCACAAGCUCCGCAUUGCCGUCGUCGCCGAUCUUGGCGUCGAGCUGCGCUGA